AUGGCGGUGGCUCUGGACGAAGUGUGGGGGCGGGUGAAGAAUGUCUGCAAGCAGAACGGGCUUCUCAUCCUGUCGGUGCUGGCCGUGGUCAUUGGCUGCCUGCUGGGCUUCUUCCUCAGAGGCAAACAGCUCUCCGAGCAGGAGGUGAAGUACUUUCAGUUUCCCGGAGAGCUGCUGAUGAGGAUGUUGAAAAUGUUGAUUUUGCCCCUUGUUGUAUCCAGUUUGAUGUCUGGUCUCGCCGCCCUGGACGCUAAGUGCUCCAGCCGCCUGGGCAUUAUGACCAUCUCCUACUACCUCUGGACCACCUUCGUUGCCGUGGUAGUGGGCAUCGUCAUGGUGUACAUCAUACACCCGGGUGGCGCUGCCCAGAAGGAGGACUCGGAGGAGAGCAAGAAGCCGAUGACCAGCUCGGCUGACGCCCUGCUGGAUCUCAUUCGCAACAUGUUUCCAGCCAAUCUCGUUCAAGCUACAUUUCAACAGUAUCGAACACAGAGAGUCCCAGAACUCAUCCCCAAACCGACGUUGGCUCAGCUCCUGGAUGAGGCCACCACGCGCAGGAUCUACAUCUACGGCAUCCAGGAUGACAACGGCACUGACAUUCAGAACUUCUCCCUGGACCUCACACCGCCACCUGACGUCAUCAUGAAAACAUCCCCCGGUACCAGCGAAGGCAUGAAUGUGCUGGGGAUUGUUAUUUUCUCUGCAACCAUGGGAAUAAUGUUGGGGAGAAUGGGACCCAAUGGAAGCGCUCUGGUCAACUUCUGCCAGAGUUUAAAUGAGGCAGUGUUGAAGAUUGUUGCCAUAGUCAUCUGGUAUUUCCCCUUCGGUAUUGUGUUCCUGGUUGCCGGAAAGAUCUUGGAGAUGGACGACCCUUCAGCCAUGGGGAAGAAGCUGGGCUUUUACGCCAUUACCGUGGUAAUGGGCUUGGUGCUGCAUGGGCUCUUCAUCCUCCCAGCCAUGUACUUCUUCAUCACUAAAAAGAGCCCCAUUGUUUACAUCAGAGGCAUCCUACAGGCUCUGCUUAUCUCCUUAGCAACCUCAUCCAGCUCUGCAACUCUGCCUAUCACCUUCAAGUGCCUCCUCGAGAACAACCACAUCGACAGACGCAUCAUCCGCUUCGUGCUGCCCGUCGGUGCCACCAUCAACAUGGACGGCACCGCUCUCUACGAGGCCGUGGCAGCCAUCUUCAUCGCCCAAGUGAAUAAUUAUGAGCUUGACUUUGGGCAGAUCAUCACAAUCAGCAUCACUGCCACUGCAGCCAGUAUCGGUGCAGCAGGAAUCCCACAGGCAGGACUCGUAACCAUGGUGAUCGUGCUGACCUCCGUGGGUCUGCCCACUGAUGACAUCACUCUCAUCAUUGCUGUUGACUGGGCCUUGGAUCGAUUCAGGACCAUGGUCAACGUGAUGGGUGACGCCCUGGCCACAGGCAUCAUGGCUCAUAUCUGCAGAAAAGAUUUUGUCAAAGAGGGGGAGCAGGUGCCUCUGAUCUGCGAGACCAAACCCAUGAUCAGCAUCCAGCAGAUGAUGACCUACCAGAACCAGAAGAACGGCUGCUACCAGCCGGCCCCCCCGGGCAGCAGGCAGGACCACUUUGCCCCGGACGUGGCCCGCCUGAUGCAGCUGGAGGAGGGCGUUCGGCCGGCAGAGAAGAAGAAGCACGGCCAGUCCUCCCAUCGCAAGAGAGAGCACAGGGACAAGGAACACUGUUCAAUUGACAUGAACGGCCUGGAGACUAAUGUAUAA